CAUCCGUUCAUCGUUCACUACCGCUUGUACAGGCUAACGGCUCUAAAAACCCUUUGAACUGGACAGUUGGCUCACAGACGUUCGCAUCGAUCACCAUGGACGUUGAUGGUCCGAAAGCAUCGUCAUCGACGAACCCACUGCUUUACCUGGAGCAGCAAGAGGCAGCUUCUCCAGCUCAACUGAAAUCCUGGUGGACAAAGAUCAGGACGUCGUAUGAGAAGAAGCUAUGGCACAAUCUCACCGUCGUCUUGACACAAUUUGUAUUCUUGCCCGAGACUGGGCCGUAUCAGAUCGACCUGUUCGACAAGUUUAUUACCACCAUCGAAUCCAAGAUCAACGCUUUGAGAUUGGUAGAGAUCGCCAGACGGGUCGGAAGGGAGUACACAGAACCCGAACUCACCCUUAAAUUCCUUGAAUCCCUCCAUUCUCGCCUCACUACACCUUAUCCCGUACCAGCUACGGCCGAUUCACCAGGUACACCCGUCCCACCUCGUCCUAUCCCCGAAGCAUACGCUCUGUCCCUUUCUUCCAUCGCUUAUGCUCAACUCCUCCUUGGUGACUUGCCAGCAUGCAAGAAAUCCCUGGAUGAAGUCGAGACUUUGUUAUCGGAGCAAGACACUGUUGAGCCUGUCGUGUAUGCCGGAUACUAUGGAGUCGCUGGUGACUAUUUCAAAGUGAAAGCGGAUUACGGGCCGUACUACAAGAAUGCGCUGUUGUACUUGGCUUGCGUGGACACAGAGACAGAAUUGACGGAGGAGGAUCGGAGAGCGAGAGCGCACGAUUUGUGCAUUGCAGCAUUGUUAGGAGACACGAUCUACAAUUUUGGAGAGCUCCUCCAACACCCCAUUCUCCAGUCACUCGCCGGGACACCUAACGAAUGGAUCAAGGACCUCAUCAGCGCAUUCAACAAUGGCGAGAUUGGUAAAUUUGAAAGUCUCGCCAAUCACUUUAGCUCAGAACCCAUCCUCGAGUCAUCCCUCAACUUUUUACGCCAGAAGAUCUGUCUGAUGGCGCUCAUCCAAGCUGCGUUUGCGAGACCGAAAGAUGGUUCAAGCAAGUUGAUGACGUUUCAAUCCAUCGCUGAGGCUACACGUUUGCCGGUCAACGAGGUGGAGCAUCUGAUCAUGAAGGCGUUCAGUCUCCAUCUCAUUCGCGGCUCUCUUGAUCAAGUUUCAUCAACCGCCGAUAUUACUUGGGUACAACCUCGAGUCCUCGAAGGAGGACAGCUGGAUCUCCUGGCGGAACAAUUCGAUGCUUGGAGAAAUGGUGUCGGCGAGACUUGGCAAGAGGUCAAUAUGAGGUAUCAAGAAGCCAGGGCGGCCGUUACCGCAGCGUAGGCAGAGUAAAAGUGAAUGGGAGUAGUAUGGCAUGGUGGUCACUGUCUACUGCGCAGAAUGUA